UACGCCGGGGUGAGGCUGCUAAGCUCUUUGCAACUCGCCAAAGUGAGAAGCGGCGGGGCCUUUUAGAUCAAGGAACUUGGUCGGGUUUCUUUAUAUUUUUCAAGUAUUGCUCGACUUCAAGAAGUACCAAAGUAAAAGGAUCUUUAGUGAAAGGUCCUAAUAUCUCUGUGUGGAGCUGAGACCGCGUUUCCACGCGUAUAACUCAUCAUGGAAAACGAAAUGAAAUACUUGGUUGUCGACCGGGCAGCCAUUUCUGACCCGGUUGCAUUAGCAGAAUGGAGUUCCAAACGCUUGGUUUGGAUCCCCGACGAAAAGCAGGGCUUUGUAGGAGCAAGCAUAAAAGAUGAGAGUAAAGAUGAGUAUGUUGUCGAGGUGGAAGGGGGGAAGAAAAAGAAAGUUCACAAAGAUGACAUCCAGCGUAUGAACCCACCCAAAUUCGAGAAAGUUGAAGACAUGGCCGAUCUUACAUGUUUGAACGAAGCUAGUGUGUUGCACAACCUAAAAGACCGUUACUACUCUGGCUUGAUCUAUACCUACUCUGGUCUUUUCUGUGUUGUGGUGAACCCCUACAAGCGUCUACCGAUUUAUACCGACAAAGUUAUCGAUAUGUACAGAGGAAAGAAACGCCACGAAGUUCCACCUCAUAUAUAUGCAAUCACGGAUACAGCAUACAGGAGCAUGUUGCAAGAUCGUGAAAACCAAUCCAUUCUCUGCACAGGUGAAUCUGGAGCAGGUAAAACUGAAAACACAAAGAAAGUCAUCCAGUACCUUGCAGCAGUUGCCGGCCACUCAUAUGGCAAGGUUCAUGCCACGCCCCAGAAGACAGAAAAAGGUGGCAAAUCUAAACCAACCUCAAUGACACAAGUUGAGCUUGAGAAGCAACUACUGGCCGCCAACCCUAUCUUAGAAGCUUUUGGCAAUGCCAAGACCAUCAAAAAUGACAACUCUUCACGUUUUGGAAAGUUUAUCAGAAUCAACUUUGAUGCUUCAGGCUUCAUCGCUGGUGCUAACAUAGAGACUUAUCUUCUUGAGAAGUCCAGAGCCAUUCGACAAAACUCCAAUGAACGUACAUUCCACAUCUUCUACCAGAUGAUGGCUGGCCUAGAGGCCAAGGAGAGGGGUGAGAUACUCCUCGGUAAACCCACUGACUACAGAUUCCUCUCAAACGGGAACAUGCCUGUACCUGGGAUUGAUGACGCUGCUGAGCUGGCUGAUUCUAUUCAAUGUUUGACUGACAUGAACAUGGGCGAAGAUGAGAUCUUUGCCAUCUACAGGGUUGUAUCUGCUGUACUCCACUUUGGUAACUUGGUCUUCAAGCAGGAAAGGAAUUCUGAUCAAGCAAUCCUUCCAAACAAUGAAGUUGCACAAAAGAUUUGCCAUCUACUCAGCAUGCCAGUAACAGAGUUCACCCGAGCUAUCCUAAAACCUCGAGUGAAAGUAGGCCGUGACUAUGUCCAAAGGGCUGUCACAAAGGAUCAGGCUGACUCUUCCGUGGAGGCUAUUGCUAAAGCUUUGUACGAGAGGCUCUUCAAAUGGGUGGUACAGAAGAUUAACAAAUCCAUGGACAGGACUAAGCGCGAGGGUGCCUCCUUUAUUGGGAUCCUGGACAUUGCAGGCUUCGAGAUCUUCCAGUUCAACUCCUUCGAGCAGAUGUGCAUCAAUUACACCAAUGAGAAAUUGCAGCAGCUUUUCAACCAUACCAUGUUUAUUCUGGAACAGGAAGAGUACAGGAAGGAAGGUAUUGACUGGAAGUUCAUCGACUUUGGCCUGGACUUGCAGCCUUGCAUUAACUUGUUGGAAAAGCCUAUGGGUAUCUUUGCGCUGUGUGACGAGGAGUGCUGGUUCCCAAAGGCCACGGACAAGACCCUUGUAGAAAAGCUCAUCAAGGAACACAACAAGCAUGAAAAGUUCCAGAUUCCAGAGUUCCGCUCACAGGCCCACUUCUCCAUCAUCCACUAUGCCGGAAGGGUGGACUAUAACUGUGACAACUGGUUGAUGAAGAAUCAGGACCCCCUGAAUGACAACAUCACCUCCCUCAUGCAGGGAUCCAGUGACACCUUCGUGGUUGCUCUAUGGAAGGAUGCAGAGUUUGUCAGUCAGUUUGCUAACAGCGGUGAGUCCCCCUUCGGGAGCAAGGUUCGCAAGGGAAUGUUCCGUACCGUCAGUCAAGUGUACAAAGACCAACUAGCUCGCCUUAUGCUUGUGCUCAACAACACCAACCCGAACUUCGUAAGGUGCAUCAUCCCCAACCACGAGAAGAAGGCUGGCAAGAUCGCAUCUUUCCUUGUACUGGACCAGCUGAGAUGUAACGGUGUUCUGGAGGGCAUCCGUAUUUGCCGACAGGGCUUCCCCAACAGGAUGCUCUUCCAGGAGUUCAAACAGAGGUAUGAGCUCCUGACUCCUGGAGUCAUUCCAAAGGGUUUCAUGGACGGACGAAAAGCCUGUGAAAAGAUGCUGCAGUCCUUGGAGCUAGACAGCAACUCCUACCGUAUUGGACAGUCCAAGAUAUUCUUUCGCGCAGGCGUGCUGGCCCACCUUGAGGAAGAACGUGACAUCAAAUUGACUGAAAUCAUCACCAUAUUCCAGGCAUUCUGCCGUGGCAACAUUGCACGCAAGCAGUACCACAAGCGUGUGCAACAGCUCAGCGCAAUCCGAGUCAUCCAGAGGAACUGUCUCAGCUACCUCAAACUGCGAAACUGGCAAUGGUGGAGACUCUUUACUAAGGUGAAGCCCCUGUUGAACGUGACCCGCCAAGAGGAGGAGUUGCACCAGAGAGAGGACGAGCUACGAACUCUCCGCGAAAAACUCGAGAAGCUCGAGACUGAGUACACAGAUCUGGAGAAGAAACACAGUCAGAUUUCGGAAGAGAAAGCCAUCGUCGCAGAGCAACUUGAGUCUGAGCGAGAAGUGGCCCAGGAGACAGAGGAGAUGCGACAACGGUUGCAGACCAAGAAGAACGAGCUAGAAGAGCUGCUGAGCGACCUUGAGGGACGCAUCACGGAGGAAGAGGAGAAUGUGCUGGCCCUCACUGAAGAUAAGAAGAAACUGCUUAAAGAGAUCCAGGACCUGGAGGACAGCUUGGAAGAAGAAGAAAGUGCACGACAGAAACUCCAUCUUGAGAAGGUCAGCUGUGAAGCGAAGAUCAAGAAACUGGAGGAAGACCUAUCAUUAGUGGAAGACACAAACUCCAAGAUUUCCAAAGAGAAGAAAACACUUGAAGAAAAACUGAAUGAACUAGACCAGGCACUAAUUGACGAGGAAGAGAAAUCCAAAGGCCUUGCAAAACAGAAAGCAAAACAGGACGCCAUGAUUGCUGAUCUUGAGGAACGACUCAAGAAUGAAGAAAGGGCUCGACAAGAUCUAGAUAAGAUUCGCCGGAAGCUUGAGUCUGAGCUGGCCGAGGUUUCCCGCCAAUUGGAAGAAGCUAAACAACAGAUUCAAGAACUGGAAGCCGCUGUUCACAAGAAGGACAUGGAACUCAACGACUUGAAUGCAAGGUAUGACGAGGAAAUGGCGCGACGCACUGAGCUUGAAAAGGACAAACGGGAGCUGGAGAACUCUGUGGAGGAGCUGAAAGAAGAUCUCGAAGUUGAAAAGUCCGCCCGAGCCAAAGCCGAGAAACAGCGCCGUGAAUUGUCCGAGGAACUUGAGUCACUCAAGAGCGAGCUUGAGGAAUCCAUUGACACCACCGCCGCCGCUACGGACAUGCGAGUCAAGAGAGAGGCUGAGCUUGUAGCGCUCAAGAAGAGCGUGGAGGAGGAGUCGGCAAAGCAUGAGAAUCUCAUGUCAGAGCUUAGACAGAAGAACAGCAAACAGAUAGAGGAACUCACCAUUGAACUCGAGUCAACUAAAAAGAACAAAAACUCGCUCGAGAAAUCCAAGAAAGACCUUGAGAAUGAAACAUCGUCACUGACGGUAGAGCUGAAAGCGAUAAGCCAGGAGAAGCAGGAGUGUGACCGUAAGAUUAAGAUGCUCGAGAACCAGAUGUCCGAGGCAAAUAUCCGGCUUGCAGAUGAUGAACAGAAGGUGAGCGAGCUGACCAUAUCCCGUAACCAGCUGCAGAAGGAUCUUGAAGUCCAGAUCUCUAUGGUAGAGAGCCUCGAGUCUAAGCAUACAGCGCUAGAACGCAGCAAGAAAUCUCUAGAGGACACACUUGCAGAAACACAGGAUUCGCUACAAGAGGAGACACACCACAAGCUGAUGAUAAUUUCCAAACUCAAAGACGUAGAGAAUGAGAUCGUUUCACUACAAGAGCAGCUAGAGGAGGAAGAAGAAAACAAAUCAGCGCUGCAGAAACAGCUGCAGUCGGCACAGACUCAGUGUGCGGAAAUGAAGAAGGUAGUCGAAGAGCGUGCGGCCGCGCUGGAGGAGGCGGACGCUGCCAAGAAGAAGCUUGUCCGUGAGAUGGAGGCCCUGAAUACGACGGUGGAAGAGAUGCAGGGCAGCAAUGCCAAACUUGAGAAGACCAGGAAGAGACUGCAAAACGAGGUGGACGACCUGCAGCUUAAUUUGGACAAGGAACGAUCCACCAUCGCCAACCUGGAAAAGAGACAGCGCAAGUUUGACCAGAUGAUGGCUGAGGAGAAAGCCAUCUCUGAGCGUUUCGCCAUGGAGAGAGAUAACGCCGAGCGCGAGGCGCGUCAGAAUGAAACCAAGGUGAUUUCCCUCUCCCACGAGCUAGAGGAGUAUCAGGAUAAGCUAGCGGAGAGUGAGCGUCUCCGCAAACUCGCCCAGACCGAGCUUGAAGGCGUUAUGGAAAGCAAGGACGACUUUGGCAAGAAUGUACACGAGUUGGAGAAAGCCAAGCGCUCUUUGGAGCAACAGCUCGCCGAGAUGAAGCAGACGAUGGAAGAGUUGGAGGAUGAGCUACAGGCAACUGAGGACGCCAAGCUGCGCAUGGAGGUGAACAUGCAGGCCAUGAAGACCCAGUUCGAGCGCGACCUCGCCGCACGUGACGACCAGAACGAGGAGAAGAGAAAAGCUCUGCUGAAGCAACUGCGCGAGCUGGAGAGUGAGUUGGACGAGGAGCGUAAGCUGCGUGCUAGUGCCGUCAACGCGCGGAAAAAGCAAGAACUGGACUUGCGCGACCUCGAGGACCAGCUGGAGGCCGCCAACAAGGUAAAAGAAGACGGACUCCGUCAACUGAAGAAAUAUCAGCAGCAGCUAAAAGACAUCCAGCGAGACCUGGAUGACGCGCGCGCCAGCCGUGAUGAGAUCGCCGAGCACGCCAAGGAGAACGAACACAAGUUGAAGCAGCUUGAAGCAGACUUUAUCCAGAUGCAAGAGGAUUUGAGCGCCGCCGAGAGAUCACGGAAAGUGCUUGAGAGGGAGAGGGAUGAACUGGCGGAGGAACUGGCCACACUUUCUGGUCAACGCGGUGCUACGGCCGAAGAGAAGCGCAAGUACGAGGCGCGCAUCGCCGCUCUUGAGGAGGAAGUCGAGGAGGAGAGAACUCAGAGCGAGCUGUUGCAGGAGAAGGCCAAGCGUGCUAUGAUGCAGAUGGAGCAAAUGCAAGCGGAUCUAAAUGCUGAACGCGCCAACGCCCAAAACAACGAAAGUGCUAGGGCAUCACUGGAGAAACAGAACAAAGACCUGAAGCAAAAGCUUGCCGACUUGGAGUCAUCCACACGCUCCCGCCACAAGAUGGCAAUCGCAUCACUGGAGUCUAAGCUGUCCAACAUGCAAGAGCAACUAGACAUCGAGACGAAGGAGCGUGCUUUGCAGAGCAAAGCUAACCGCAAACUUGAAAGGAAGAUCAAAGAACUCAUGCUACAGAACGAAGAGGAGAGACGCCAUUCUGAUCAAUACAGGGAACAGAUGGAGAAGACAAGUGGUCGCAUGAAGGCUCUGAAGCGACAGGUCGACGAGGCGGAAGAAGAGUCUAGCAGACUUAACUCCUCCAAGCGCAAACUGCAGCGCGAAUUGGAUGACGCCCAGGCUGAGAACGAGGAACUCAACAGGACCGUCAACUCGCUUAGGGAUCGCAUCAGGGGCCGUGGUGGCGGACGAAGUGGCUAUACCACCCCACCCGAGCCUAGACGAAAAGCACGUGACCGACCAAGCACCGUGGAAGAGAGCGACACCAGUAUGGACGCCGCCGAAGAUUAACUAGUUUGAAUAGAAACUAAUAUCUACCCCUCCCCUGGCGCAAAGCAAAGAUAAUGCCGAUAAUAUCACGCUUUUCGUUCCUUACGGGGGGUCGAAAGUGAAGGGUUCUAAUGUUCCGGUAAAGUAGUAGCUAUUAUAUUUUUGUCAAAGAGGUCUUUCAAUAAAAUCUAUGCUAACAUAAACAUUUCUCAUAACAAUUCCGCAUGUUGGGUUAGUUAGUUGUAGGUUGGUUAAGUGACUAGAAUAGGUGACUGUUUUGAUUGUAAUCUGACUCAUUUCAAAGGUUAUUCGUGCUAUUAAGUAGCCGCAUCGGGUACCCCACAGCUCGAUAUAAGACUUCUCUCAAAUUCGCUUCUGUUAGACCAGUAAAUGUCCAUUUAUUUGUGGAUUUCACCUUUGUGACUCUUAUGUACACUAGACUUGGGAAAAUACGAGAAACGUUUCACUGUUUAAUUAAAAAUGUGUUCCCAAUAACAAGCUGCAUUAGCCUUGUUCGUCAGCCGUUUUUUGACCCAAAUGCAAACAAUUUAACCUCUACCACCCUUUUGAGCGUUCAGCUACUGUUGUAUGCAUAGUCCCUGGUUAAUGAAUAUGAUGUCUAAGGUGUAUAACUGUAGAUGCCUGCCAAGGUCUAGCUUGAUUAAUUAGGAGGAAAGAGUUAAAAAAAAGUUUUUUAAUCGACGCCAUCUGUAAAAGUCAUGCCAUUUCUAUUUUAUAAGUAAGAUGAUUAGAAAUAAAAGAGAUUUUGCUGA